AUGUCUCAGCCGGACGAACAACCCACCGUCCUGCAGGUGCCCUUGGCGUCGACCCCAGCACGCCCCAAAUCAUCGUCAUCUCAUGCAAACUCACCUCUAUCGUUCCCCGGGAGUGUGCCUGGUGUCAAUUCUCAGCUCCAGGGCGGCCUAGUCGUAUUCUCUGGUGGAAGCGCAGCCAACAAUCUCGUCGAUGUCUUUGAGCACGUCCGAGACGCCAACCAGUGCACACUGAGCUAUGUCAUCCCCAUCUCAGACAACGGCGGCAGUAGUAGCGAGAUCAUCCGUGUAUUCGGCGGUCCAGGAAUUGGCGAUGUGAGAUCGCGGCUUGUUCGUCUGAUCCCCAACAACGACAACCCUGAAAACAUUGCCAUCAAGAACUUCUUCAAUCACAGGCUCCCUCGGGUCCAUUCGAGCGCUCGUGCAGAAUGGUUUGAAAUCCUCGAGGCAACCCACCCGCUAUGGGACCACAUCUCCUCUCCCAAGCGCGAGCUCAUCCGGUCCAUCCUCAACAGCUUCAACCUCGAAGCCGUCAAGCGCAUGCGGCCAAGCAGUCGCUUCGACUACUCUGGGGCCAGUAUCGGGAACAUCUUCCUGACGGGUGCAAGACUGUUCACAGGAAGUUUCGAGGCUGCCAUUUACCUGCUCAGUUCCAUAUGCGCCGUGCUAGAGCGCAUAUCUGUACUGCCGGCGCUCAACACCAAUUUCGCCCACCACAUCGCCGCCGGACUCAAGGACGGAACCAUCAUCACAGGCCAGAAUGACAUCUCACACCCAAGCGUGCCUACACGUGCAGUCCCAGGCUCGGGACUCAUCACGCCUGGGGUCCAGACGCCCGUGCCAGAGACGGAGGAGCAUGACAAGGUGGAGGAUGCAAACCUCCCUGGUUCUCUUCCGUCAUUAAGACGCCCGGCAAUCGUGUUCUCCAAGGACGAUGAAGAAGACCUACCCUCGAGAAUCGACAGGAUAUGGUACAUCAAUCCCUACGGUCAGGAGAUCCGCAUCCCUGCCAAUCCCCGCGUGCUCGACGCACUGCAGAGCGCCAACACCGUUAUUUACUGUAUUGGGUCUCUAUUUACAUCGCUCAUUCCUAGUCUGGUCUUAAAAGGCGUAGGUGACGCCAUCGCCAGCCCCCUAAUCCGCAAGAUUCUCAUCCUCAAUGGCUCCGUCGACCGCGAAACGGGACCGGCAGACGAGCCGAUGAGUGGUCUAGACUUUGUCGCCGCCAUCGCUCACGCCUGUUCCAAUUCCAGGGGUCUCCCAAAACCAUCCGAGGAUGAGUACUGCCGGUACGUUUCCCAUGUCAUAUAUAUCGAGGGACCCGCGGCGCCAAAGGUGGAUAGACAGCUCUUCAGCCAGCUUGGAAUCGACUGCACCAGGGCGUACGGGCCAAAGGAUGGAUCGGGGCGAGGCGGUAGGUAUGAUAGCAAGGCGCUGCAGCAAGCGCUUGAAUCUAUAGUCGGGCGGAAAGAUUCACGCCUUGACAGAAGCCGUCGGAACACGUUGGUGGGCUGA